AUGGCUGUCGCCUACCUGCUGGGCAACGGCUCCGCGCCGCUCCUCGCCGGCGCCCUAGAGGUUCCCUUCGCCGCCAACGCCUCUACCAUCGCUUGUCGCUCCGCCGCUUCGCUCUGCACGACCGCGCCACCCGGCGCCUGGGGCAACGCCUCGGCGGCGGCGGCAACAGUGGCCUGGAACCGCUCCGAGCCCUGCGGCGGCGCCAACGGGAGCGUAGGCGGCGGCGGGCCCUGCGCGCCUACGGGCGGCGGCCCCUCCGUGGUCACGGCCAUCGCCAUCAUGGCCCUAUAUUCCGUGGUGUGCGUCGUGGGGCUCUUCGGCAACUUCUUGGUCAUGUAUGUCAUCGUCAGGUACACGAAAAUGAAGACUGCCACCAAUAUCUAUAUUUUCAAUCUUGCAUUGGCAGAUGCCCUAGCAACAAGUACUCUGCCAUUCCAGAGUGUGAAUUACUUGAUGGGAACAUGGCCAUUUGGUACCAUCCUUUGUAAGAUUGUUAUAUCCAUAGACUACUACAAUAUGUUCACCAGUAUCUUUACACUCUGCACCAUGAGUGUGGAUCGCUAUGUAGCCGUGUGCCACCCAGUUAAAGCCCUUGAUUUCCGUACCCCCAGAAAUGCCAAAAUUGUCAAUGUCUGCAACUGGAUUCUUUCUUCUGCCAUUGGCCUGCCAGUUAUGUUCAUGGCAACUACUAAAUACAGGCAUGGCUCUAUUGACUGCACACUUACAUUCUCCCACCCUGCGUGGUACUGGGAGAACCUCCUGAAAAUCUGUGUGUUCAUCUUUGCCUUCAUCAUGCCAGUGCUGAUCAUUACUGUGUGCUAUGGGCUGAUGAUUUUACGCCUAAAGAGUGUUCGCAUGUUAUCUGGCUCCAAAGAGAAGGACAGGAACCUGCGAAGAAUCACGAGGAUGGUUCUUGUGGUGGUGGCAGUGUUUAUUGUCUGCUGGACUCCCAUCCACAUUUAUGUCAUCAUUAAAGCCCUGGUCAACAUCCCUGAAACUACUUUCCAGACUGUCUCCUGGCACUUCUGUAUUGCUCUAGGGUACACAAAUAGCUGUCUUAAUCCAGUCCUUUAUGCAUUUCUAGAUGAGAAUUUCAAAAGGUGUUUCAGAGAGUUCUGCAUCCCCACUUCCUCAACUAUUGAGCAGCAAAACUCCACUCGAGUCCGACAAAACACUCGUGACCAUGCUUCCACUGCCAACACUGUGGACAGGACUAACCACCAGUUGGAACUUCAGGAAGCUGAAACCACUCCACUGCCGUGA